AUGCCCUCGCGCCACUCCAAGGCUAAACAUUCCAAGUCAUCUCACCGGGGACAACGGCGGGAUCCUGACGAGGAGCAUCAAGCGUAUAGAACUGCGUAUCAAGUUGAAGGAGACUACGAGAAUUACGACACUGCCACCCCUAGAGCAUAUGUAGAGCUGCCAGACCUGAGCACGCUACGUAUUAAAGACAAUCAAGAAUACGGAAGCCCCGCCGCUCCCAAUAUAUCUAACCAAAACGACGAGUACACUUCUUCUACGCAUUAUAAUUCCAUCAAUUAUCCCGAUUAUAGUCAACAUUCCGAAGUUACUCCACAAAGUUACGGUGCGGAAUGGGAUGGGGCUGACGACCACGGAAGCCAUCAGGUCUCGCAGUGUCCGGGCUCGGAUGUCGCAGAUGAUAAAUGUGAGGAAUCAGAAGAGCGCGAUACUAUCUACGGCGUAGAUGCGUACUCAGAAAGCCUCGACAAACGGGAUGCACUAAAGCAGAGUCGUCACUCGAGGAAGGAGAGAGGAAAAGGGAAGGGAAAAGGGAAAGAAGUAGUGAAUGAUGACCCCACGUUUCAAAACCCCGAAGAUUAUUAUGCAGAAGGAUCUGGUGUUGCUACAGGCUACAACACAAGCGCUCCACCAGUUGAUUAUGGCGAUGAUGGGAGCCACCCAAAUUCAGGCGAUGACCACUGGGGAAAUGCGGGACAAAUUGCAAGUAUCAUCGACACGGCAGCCAGCCAGGGUCCAUUACUAAACAAGUCGACACAGAUGACAGGAGGCAUCGAUCAAACUAGCGGGUAUGAUGAAGACGAAUUCCAGCAGGCAAGGCUAGAGAGUCUGGCAGCAUAUUAUGGGGAUCGGCAAGGUGAGCCGUCAACGGCGCAAUACCCACCAUAUGAAGGCUAUGCCAAUCUCCCUGCAACAGGCCAUGCAUCGUCUGCAAACUUUCCGAUUCAACAACCUCAAGUGUCAACUCAGCUUCCAUAUCCAGAAGAAACGUCUUUGGCAACUGGUUAUGUGAUCCCUAGCAUAACUGAAAAGCCUAAAGCGAAAGACCCUCGUGAGGAAGGCUCUUCAUUGCUAAUUGUUCCCGGAUCCUAA